UCUGUUGUCCCUUUUCCGGUCUGCACUGCGCAGAGGAGAAAAUGGCGUGCAGCUGGCCAGUGUCGAGCCGCCUGCAGACCGUCCUUCGCGUUAGCGUCCGCAACCCGCUGACGACGACCAGCCGCUACAAUGCAUCGGCCCCGGCGCAGCCCCCACCGCAAACCAAGACCAAGUUCGGACCGCUGAGCGACGAAGACCGCAUCUUCCAGAACCUGUACGGUCGCCACGACUGGAGGCUCAAGGGCGCCAUGAGCCGGGGCGACUGGUACAAGACCAAAGAGAUCGUCCUCAAGGGAGCCGACUGGAUCAUCGACGAGAUCAAGAAGUCCGGCCUCAGAGGACGGGGCGGCGCCGGCUUCCCGUCGGGGCUCAAGUGGAGCUUCAUGAACAAGCCGUCGGACGGCAGGCCGAAGUACCUGGUCGUCAACGCCGAUGAAGGUGAGCCAGGGACGUGCAAGGACCGCGAGAUCAUGCGCCACGACCCGCACACGCUCGUCGAGGGCUGCCUUGUCGCCGGACGGGCCAUGGGCGCCCGCGCAGCCUACAUCUACAUUCGAGGCGAGUUCUACAACGAGGCGUCCAACCUCCAGAUCGCCAUCCGCGAGGCGUAUCAGGCGGGCUACCUGGGCAAGAACGCCUGCGGCUCGGGCUACGACUUCGACGUUUUCGUGCACCGCGGCGCCGGCGCCUACAUAUGCGGCGAAGAGACGGCCCUCAUCGAAUCCAUCGAAGGCAAGCAGGGCAAGCCCAGGCUCAAGCCCCCGUUCCCAGCCGACGUCGGGGUAUUCGGUUGCCCGACUACGGUGACUAACGUGGAAACGGUGGCCGUGUCACCCACCAUCUGCCGCCGCGGCGGCGAGUGGUUUGCGUCGUUCGGCCGCACCCGCAACAGUGGCACCAAGCUCUUCAACAUCUCGGGCCACGUGAAUACGCCGUGCACCGUCGAAGAAGAAAUGUCCAUCCCGCUGAAAGAGCUUAUCGAGCGCCACGCCGGCGGGGUCAUCGGCGGCUGGGACAACCUGCUGGGCGUCAUCCCCGGCGGCUCGUCGACGCCCGUCAUCCCCAAGAGCGUCUGCGACGACGUCCUGAUGGAUUUCGACGCGCUGGUGGCGGCCCAGACGGGGCUCGGCACGGCGGCCGUGAUCGUGAUGAACAAGCAGACGGACAUGAUUCGGGCCAUCGCCCGCCUGCUCGAGUUCUACAAGCACGAGAGUUGCGGCCAGUGCACGCCGUGCCGGGAGGGCGUCGGCUGGCUGCACAAGAUGAUGGGCCGCUUUGUGAGCGGCAACGCGCGCGUCGAUGAGAUCGACAUGGUCUAUGAGCUAAGCAAGCAAAUCGAAGGCCACACCAUCUGCGCGCUGGGUGACGGGGCAGCCUGGCCAGUCCAGGGGCUCGUCAGGCACUUCAGGCCGCUCAUGGAGGAACGCAUCAGGCAGUUCCAGAGCGGAAAGGCCUCCAAGGCAGCUGCCUCGUAGAGUAGAAACAUACCCACGCUUGUUCUCGACUAGUGUUUAAGCCGUUAUCAGAAGGAAGGGGACGGGGGUCUUUAAAACCCCGAUUUGAAGGAAUUGCCUUUGGUUUCAGAGAUAAACUAAACAAAGUAGAACCGAGAGAUCAGCUUUCAAGAGAAGAGGGCGUAACCUCACUGGAGUCUUGUUAAUAAAGGAACAAUAGUAAGAAAGGUGGAUACCUAUCUACAUGCGUACAUGGUGUUCAUGUUUACAGCCCCAGUUUAGCUUUUGUGCACUGUACAUAGACUUUACGAGGCAGUGAAAGGACGGGAGUCGACGCAAGUAGGACCCCUUGCGCUUUGAUGUGCAUCGAGAAUGCUGGAAGCGAGAAAGAUAUAGCCACUGCAAAUGCUAGUUUUAUUUUUAUGUUUUGGAUUCUCACCUCUAAACUGCAGAUACCUCUCCCCAAGAGUCUCCUGUUUACUUACCGCUCAUGCAACUUCUUUGCACCACAUAAAUAUGUUGAAAGAGAA